AUGGAAAAUGAGCUUCUUUUAACCUUAGUUAUUUGUAGGUUGAUAAUCCUUAUUCCUGGAUUGCCUAUCGACCCCAUGGAUCUUCUUGGUGUCGACGGGAAACUAAGCGUCGACCCGAACAACGUCGAACCGGCUUCUCUUGAUUUCGGUUUGCUCACUCGAAGCCAGCCUCUAGCCGUCUUCCACCCCAAUUCGGCUCAGGACGUUGCUCAACUGGUUAAAGCAGCCUACACGUCAAACCGGUGGCUUCCCGUAUCAGCCAGGGGACAUGGGCAUUCAAUAAAAGGACAGGCUCAGACCAAGAACGGUGUGGUGAUUCAAAUGAGUAGGUCAAAAGAAGUGGGAAUGUUGGACUCGGUAAGGAAAUACCCACCUCAGCCCCGAGUUUGGUCUCGAGAGAGGUACAUGGACGUGUGGGGUGGGGAGCUUUGGAUAGAUGUAUUGAAUAGUAGCUUAGAGUAUGGAUUGGCACCAAAAUCAUGGACCGAUUACUUGUACCUUUCUGUUGGUGGGACUUUGUCUAAUGCUGGAAUCAGUGGCCAAACUUUCAAUCAUGGUCCACAAAUCAGCAAUGUCCAUGAGCUUGACGUAGUUAUAGGAAAAGGUGAGCUUUUGACAUGUUCAGAAAAUCAAAAUCCAGAGCUGUUUCAUGCUGUUCUUGGUGGUUUAGGACAAUUUGGCAUUAUCACCAGAGCAAGAAUUUCCCUUGAACCAGCUCCACAAAGGGUGAGAUGGAUAAGAGUACUGUAUUCGGAUUUUUCGGCUUUUACCGGCGACCAAGAACAUCUUAUAUCUCUACAUGCACAGCCGGGGUGCCAAAAGUUCGAUUACGUUGAAGGUUUCGUAAUUGUAGAUGAAGGGCUGGUCAAUAACUGGAGAUCAUCUUUCUUUUCUCCUCCAAACCCUGUCAAAAUCUCCUCUUUCGUUGCCACCGGAGGUGUUUUGUAUUGCUUGGAAAUCGCCAAGAACUACCACGAAACUACUGCAGAAACUAUUGAUCAGGAAGUAGAGUCUUUAUUGAAGAAACUAAAUUUUAUAUCGACAUCAGUGUUUGCGACUGAUUUGCUGUAUAUGGAUUUCUUGGACCGGGUACACAAGUCCGAGUUGAAUCUCCGGUCCAAGGGUUUGUGGGAGGUUCCACACCCAUGGCUAAACCUUUUUAUACCCAAAUCAAAGAUUGCCGAGUUCGACAAGGGAGUCUUCAAGGGCAUUUUGGGGAAUAGGACAAGUGGGCCAAUUCUCAUCUAUCCAAUGAACAAAGACAAAUGGGAACAACGGAGCUCCGUGAUGAUGCCGGAUGAGGGUGUGUUUUACCUGGUGGCAUUUCUAAGAUCAGUCUCGGAUAACGGGGAAGAAACUCAGAGCUUAGAGUACCUGACCGAUCAGAACCGUCAGAUUCUCAGAUACUGUGAUGAAGCAGGGAUCAAUGUGAAGCAAUAUUUACCUCAUUACACAAUGCAACAGGAGUGGAUGGACCACUUUGGAAGUAAGUGGGAUUGGUUCUGUGAAAUGAAAAGGGAAUUUGACCCAAAGCACAUUUUGGCCACAGGCCAACAGAUUUUCACACCCAACCUCAGUUCCUCAUCCAAUAUGGCUUCAUGA